AUGGGUAAUCGUUAUUCUUGUCAUCCCUCAUGUUAUACUGAUAAAUUAGAUGAAGAUUUAUCAGUGAAUGAUUAUCGUUAUUUAAUGAAACAAACACACUUAACACCAGAAAUUAUUCAAUCAUGGUAUCGUGAAUUUCGCGAAGUUUGCCAUUCAAGUAAAGUUCAAUUGACCAAACAACAAUUUGUUAAACUUUAUAAACAAUUAGAAAAUAGUUCUUCAAGAAAUGUGGAAAAUAUUGUCGAUAAUGUAUUUUGUGCAUUUGAUAAAAAUGGCGAUAACUAUAUUGAUUUUAAAGAAUUUCUUAUUGCUUAUGUUUUAACAUCCAUCGGUGAAGUCGAAGAUAAAUUGGAAUAUGCCUUUUCAUUGUUUGAUAUUGAUCAAUCAAAAACAAUUGAACUAAAAGAGAUGAGUGAUUUAAUAGCAAAAUUAUUAUGUAUCACUAGCAAAAAUACUUUGAGAAAUUAUAAUCCAGAAAUAAUCACAAUUGAUGUUUUCAAAAAAUUCGAUCUUGAUCAUGAUAACAUAUUAACAAAAGAGGAAUUUAUAAAUGGUUGUUUAGAAAAUGCACUUUUAAGACAAAUAUUAUCACCAUUUGAAUCAGUUUACCCAGAGUAUGAACAACAAUACUAA